AUGUUGAGUCGAUAUCUAUGUCAUCUCAGUGUUCUCCUGUCCAUCUUGUUGGUGGUGAUCAGUGGUAAGUGAUGGGGCACGGUUAUUGCUCGAUUUGACAUCAUUUUCACGUUUUAAAAUGCAUUUGGACCACUCACACGGCCUUAGUUUCAAUAUCUUCUUCCAAUUUCAUUAACAUAGAGGUAUCAAAUGAAAUUACUUCAAUAUCAACUUUAUUCUAACCCAUUGAAAUUCUUCGCACGCUUGCUGCAGUCAUGUUGUGAUUAGACCAGACGCGGCAGUUCUACGUUGUUUCCUUCCUUUAUAAUCUUUAUAACAUCAAUGUAAGGCCAUUUAGAAUAUUGACUUUUGGAAUUUCCGCCAUCUUAAGCCGAUCGCCCCCAGGGCAUAAACUGACAGUCUCCAUAAAUCUCAUAAUUUGUGGCCUUGAGGGCUUUAAGGCCGUCGUUGCAUCACGAGAACUCCAUUAUCAUGACUUUACAACUUUUUGAGACAUUUUUUACUACAUUUUUUCCUUUCAUAAGAUCCUUGUUCAGGAUUGCAGAUUCAAGUCUGAAGAUUUGAAAAGUAGAGUCCGCGCCAGAAAUUUAUAAAUGAGUCCAAAAAACAAAUUGGAAAUGGAAAUAUUUACCAUGCGAUGUUUGAUAGAUAUCUGAAAUAUAAUACGUAGCCAUUACUCCGGUUUGAAGAACGGUCUAAUUACUCGAUAGAGAAUAAAGAGAAUGCUGGACCUUGUCCGGAAAUAACACUAUAAAGUAAUCUUGAGAUUGUUGUGGGAAUCUUAUUUUAAUUAAUGGCCUUUGAGAUUUUCUUGGGAAUUACUCACGAUGCCCAUUCUUUCAGCUUCCGUUGAAUCUGACGAGCCAGAAGAAUACUUCUACAUCCCCAAUCCCUACCCUUCAUGGGGAGUCCAAUACCCUUCAGUAAGUUUAUUUCAUGGGCCCUGGGAAGAGAUUAUAAUUACUUUUGACUAUAAUAUAGAAAUAAACAGUAGGUAAUAGGCAUAGUUAAGUAGGGCUAGGCAUAGCUAAGAGGUCAAUUAAUGAUGUGAUUCCAGCACGCCGAAGAGCCUCAUCGAAUGAAGAAAUGGGCGUCCUCACUCCGAUUUGGCAAGAGGGGUCCAGGGUGGGCUAGCCAGGUGCGGUUUGGCUGA